UUUGCUAAAGAUAAUAACAUUGUUUAUUCAGUAGCUUAACAUUCAAUGAACGAAUUGUUUUACUAAUAAUCUUUUGCUAAAGAUAACAACUUUAUUUAUUAUUUAUUGAAGCACCUUCACCAAGCACCCUGUAUCGACCCAUUGAGAUCUCAGGUGAGUUUCGAGAGCAACAUGGUUUUCGGUGGACUUAGGCAGGUGGUGAUGACUCCACAUCGACGGCUCUCCGUCGCUGACGUCACGGGCCUUCGCCGCAUCUAACGGUUUUGUGGUGUGGAUCUCCGGCGGAACUCUUGUAUAAAAACGUUGGAUCUACUGGAGAUCGUCAUCAUUCGCUAGCCGGGAACAGCUCGACGCACAGGUGUCGUCUCCGAUUCCACCUACAUUUCCAAAUUUGAAAACAGAGAUAGCUCAACGCUGAAAUGAAGGUCUUCAUCUGCCUGUUGGCCACCAUCUGCGCCUGCAAUGCCACCUUCCUGUCCCUCUUGGGCGGCGGCGGUGGAGGAGGAGGAGGAGGUAGCAAGACCACCUACAAUGUGAUAGCCACGCCCAGUUCGGGAGGCGGUGGAGGAGGCGGUGGUCACGGAUAUGCAUAUGCCCAGGGUGGCGGCGGAGGUCAUGGCUAUGCGCAGGCACAUGGCUACGGCCAGGGCGGUGGACAUGGACACGGUGGCUCCUCGCAGAUCAUCAAGGUCAUACUGCAGGAGGGACAGGGCUACAGCAACGCUGGAGGAUCAGCCGGCGGCAUUGUGUCCUCGGGCGGCCAUGGCUACAGUCAUGGCUACAGCCAAGGCUAUGCCAGUGGUCAGGGAUCCUAUGGCGGUCAGCAGGCCCAGAUCUACAAGAUCAUCGAACAGGCACCGGCUCCGGCUCCAGUCCCAGCUCCUGCUCCCGUUCCCAUUCCGAUUUCGAUUCCUGCCCCUGCUCCGCCAGCUGCUCCCAUUGCCUAUCAUGCCGCCAGCGGCUCCAGUGGCUACUCCUAUGGCCAGGGCCAUUCGCACUCCUACGGGCAAUCGUAUGCCUCGGGACAUGGUUAUGGUGGUGCCGCCUCCUUCGAUGCCCAGCAGUUCAAUGCCAUUCUGCCGCAGAUCAUCCAGUUGGUUCUGCAGGAGGAUACCUUUGGCGGCGGCGGCGGUGGAUCCGCUGAUGUGGCUGCCAUCAAUGGCCAGCUGAUCAACACCUUCGGUGCCAAGGGCAAGGCCAUCAUUUUGAAGGCCGACCAGGCGCAGGGAGCCUUCUUCAAGAGCGGACAUGUGGUGCAGCGUGGAACCCUGAAGGUGAUGCGCGUCCAGGAGCAGCAGCAAUCCCAGGGCGCUGGUGGCUCCAAGGGGCAAGGCUGGAGCUCCGGUGGAGGUGCCAUCUCCGGUGGCUGGAGCGCCGGAGGCGGUGCCUCGUCCGGCGGCUGGAGUUCCGGAGGUGGUGCCUCGUCCGGUGGCUGGAGCAGCGGUGGUCCGCCUUCGGCCUGGUAGAUGCACUGCAUCCACAGCUCGCCUAGUUAGUUAGACCAAAUGAAUUGUUUUUUUUUUCACUAUCUUCUAUUCUAUCGUUAUGUAUUUUUUUUCCUAGGCUAAUCCUUCACAGUCAUUAUCAAAAAAAAAAAGCGAUAAGCCAACAUCCAUCAUUAUUAACUUAAAUUAUUUGUUAAUAAACACU